CCACCACUCACACAAAAUGGCCACCAAAUCCGCUGCCUCCGUCGUCGACUGGUCCAAGAUCUACACCGGUCUCGGCCUCGACAAGCACACCGUCACCGCCCUCCAAUCCUUCCGUGCCCGACACACCGCCGCCAUCAACAAGAACUCGGCCCUCAAGAGCACCGUCCCCGAGCUCGACCUCGCCCAGUACAAGAGCGUGUUGAAGGACCAGCAGGCCGUCAACCUCGCCGAGAAGGUCUUGGGCGAGUUCAAGGCUGUCGACUAUGAUGUCAGCAAGUGGAACGGUGUUGUGGACGCUUUCGAGGGAAAGGCUGUGAGUGGAAUCAAGUGCGCGGGGGGUGGAAUGGUGGGGGCGCGUGAUUUCGUGGUCUGCGUCCCCCAUACCCCCCUGGACAUCUAGCGAUCAGCAAAGCAGCAAUUCACACUUUUACAGGUCGCCGCCGCCAAGGAGACCGUCUCCAAGAUCUCCGCCGAGGAGUCUUCCCUCCAAGCCACCCUCUCCAACAUCAAGGACGCCCGACCUUUCGAGGACCUUACCGUCGACGAGGUCGCCAAGGCCAGGCCCGAAAUCGCCAAGGCUGUCGAGACUAUGGUUAAGAAGGGAAAGUGGACUGUCCCCGGUUACAGGGAGAAGUUUGGCGAUCUCUCUAUGAUGUAAGAGAUGGGCGGAUAGAUGGGCCAGUAGUGGAAAAUGCAUACUCUAACAAGAAGGA